AUGGCUGCAUGUGAAAGCCCUCAACCCAUCUUUGAUACCUUCAAUGAUACACACGAAUUCAACGAUCAAUGGGCACAAAAACACGAGUGUACACAAGGUUUCGGUGUUAUGAUAAAUCAUUCAAAAUCAAGAAUUCCAGGUGAUUUGAAAAGAUCGAGGAUUAGGAGGGAAAUCCCACCACCAAUUUCUUCAAUUGGAAGACAUGUGUGUUUUGAAUCUUAUCGGUUUAAUGGUAGACUUAUUCUGAGAGAGGUAAGGAUCCAAAAUCAAGAACUUUUGCAUGCGUAUAGAGAAGACGGGCGAUUGAAAUUGCAAUUUGUUCAGUACGAUGAUGACGUGGAGGUCGAGAGGGAAAACGGACAAAAUGUCGGUUACGAGGUUGAAGUCGAUGAUGUUAUAGGGAAAAGUGAGAUUAGGGAAGAACCAUUGUGA